GUUCGUCUUCAGACUGCGAUCGUCCUCGGCAGCCCAUCAGUUCAGGGAAUUGGAUCUUCUAGGACUCGAACGUCCCGCAGAAAAGAAGUCCAGCAGCACCGAGAAGCUCAGAGGAAGUGUUAGCGGCAUCAUGCCAGGAGCCGUCGGUGGGUAGUGGUACCACAAGUGUGGCCUGGAGGUCAUCGCUUUGGCUUCAUGUAUCGGGCAACACUUCGCAAAGUGGCGUGGUGCGCUUGGCAAGUCGCCGCCGCUUUCGGUUCCUUCCUGGGUAAGGAGGUAUCCGUACACCCAACAGGAUGUCACAUAAGGAACCCACUCACCGCACUUUUCCACGGGCGUCCGAUAAGGCCCGGCGCGGGGUUCCGGCGCACUGAGCUACUAGAUGAAAGUGGGGGGCGGCGGCCUUAAUCAGCCCAAUUCCGUCGCAUUAACGUCACCAUACCCACAUACUGCAGCUCGGGAGCAUCGUCCAUCCACCCUGCUUCAAAACCAUGCCACUGCCAACAUCUGCUGAUAAUCCUCGUCACACAAUUCACCUCGGCCAACAUUGGCCAGCCAGCUGCCUGACUCUGCUUUCUUCUGCUAAGCGUUGUCUGUCUGGAAUGCGACUACAAGUUUCGUUCCACCCGCCGUUAUUCUGUGAGCAGUCAUUGCCUCGCCCGGAUAUAACAAAGCUACCUUCGCAGGCAGCAUCGAACAAUCUCACCGACGCAUAACUUGACCACGACGACGCUGACAAUCUCUGGUCGUACAUUGGGGCAAACGCUUCGGACCCCCAAUCCUACACCCUUCGGUUUGCCCAGUAUGAAGGUCAUCCUUGCCAUCAACUCGGGCUCCAGUUCCGUGAAGAUCUCGGUCUACUCUGCUGAGUCCAAACAGUCACCCCGUCAGAUCGCAGAGACAGUCGUCAGUGGUCUGACGGCUCCACCUGCACAAGUUUCUUAUACUCGUGGCGGCACCAAGGUCAAGAAAAACGAGGAUCUCGAGGAUAAUGUUUCGACACAGGACGACGCCUUUAAGGUGCUUCUCAAAACACUGAUUGAGGACCCCGAACUUCCGCAAAUCAAACAAAAGAGCGAUAUUGCGCUGACCUGCCACCGCAUCGUCCACGGAGGCGAUUACUCCUGCUCCCAAAUAAUCACCCAGGACACAUAUCACCACCUGGAAGAACUUAGUGACCUCGCUCCCCUGCACAACGGUCCCGCUCUCGACAUCGUCAACUCGUGCGUGAAGCAGCUCCCCGAUACUGUCAACAUUGCCUGUUUUGACACGCAGUUCCAUUCGACUAUUCCCGAGCACGUCCGCACGUAUCCCAUCGACCAGGAAGUUGCCAAAAAGAACCACCUGAGGAAAUACGGAUUUCAUGGUGUUAGCUACUCCUUCAUCACUCGCUCCGUCUCCGAGUUCCUCGGGAAACACACCAAGGACCUGAACAUCAUUGCCCUCCAUCUGGGAAGCGGUGCAAGCGCGUGCGCCAUCCGCAACGGCCAAAGCUGGGAUACCAGCAUGGGACUUACUCCUGUUGCUGGAUUGCCAGGAGCCACCCGAAGCGGAAGUGUAGACCCUAGCCUCGUCUUCCAUUACGCAAGUGAUGUCGGCAAACUGUCUCCAAACUCAACAUCUAAUCUGCACCUUACCCAGGCGGAAGAGAUUCUCAACAAGCGGAGCGGAUGGAAGUCACUUACAGGAACAACCGACUUUGGGAUAAUCGCUUCCUCAGACGAGCCGACCCACAAGCUUGCCUUCGACAUCUUUGUGGAUAGAUUAUGCGCUUUCAUUGGCUCCUAUUUUGUUACACUUAAUGGCAACGUGGAUGCAUUGGUUUUCGCCGGCGGCAUUGGUGAGAAGAGCGAUAAGUUGCGGAAGCGGGUUGUCGAACAAUGCGCCUGCUUGGGCUUCACCAUCGACGAUGCAUUGAACGGCAAGCAAAUAACAGGCACGGUCCAGGAGGUUGGCAACGAAGACGCCAAGUGCCGUACGCUGGUCUGCCAGACGGACGAGCAGUACGAGAUGGCGAGACUCUGCACCGAAACGAAGGAGCUCUGGCAGAAGUGAUUAACCAGCAUGUCGCAAAAGGAUAGUAAGUUCCUGACUGGAACGCCAUAACGUCUUGGGGGGGUACAUGUUUCUAUUUGCCCUGGGUGACGUUGAGGCAAACGGUGUAUGGUUUUACAGAAUAGCGCUGGACGGAGACAAGUUCAAGAGUCGCCAGAACCCCGGACCGGUGAUGGAAGGAAGCGACAUCUGAACGAAUUACAAUGUGAUCCAAAACGAAGAAAAAUAUCAAAAAGAAAAAUCUCACAAAAAUCUCGAAUCGAAUCGAC